CCGUUACGCACUACUCUUAACCUUUUUAGUGUAGAAGAGAGAAUAAAGCCCUUUGCAGUAGCAGCAACAGAGCCGGCAUCGAAAGCGCAUCCAAUGGCCCGCUACGACCGCGCCAUCACCGUCUUCUCCCCCGAUGGCCACCUCUUCCAGGUCGAGUACGCCCUCGAGGCCGUCCGCAAAGGCAACGCCGCCGUCGGCGUCCGCGGCACCGACACGGUCGUCCUCGGCGUCGAGAAGAAAUCCACCCCCAAGCUCCAAGACUCCCGAUCAGUGCGCAAGAUCGUGAGCCUGGACACGCACAUCGCGCUGGCGUGCGCGGGCCUCAAGGCCGACGCCCGCGUGCUUAUCAACCGCGCCCGCAUCGAGUGCCAGAGUCACCGGCUCACCGUCGAGGACCCCGUCACGGUCGAGUACAUCACCCGCUACAUCGCCGGCUUGCAGCAGAAGUACACCCAGAGCGGCGGCGUCCGGCCCUUCGGCCUCUCCACCCUCAUCGUUGGCUUCGAUCCCUACACCGGCGUCCCAGCGCUCUACCAGACCGACCCCUCGGGGACCUUCUCGGCCUGGAAGGCCAACGCUACUGGGAGAAACUCCAACUCCAUGCGGGAGUUCCUGGAGAAGAACUACAAGGAGACCUCCGGGCAGGAGACAGUCAAGCUGGCCAUCAGAACGCUGCUUGAAGUUGUUGAGAGUGGUGGAAAGAAUAUAGAAAUUGCUGUAUUGACCAAAGAGCAUGGUCUUCGUCAACUUGAUGAAGCUGAAAUUGAUGCAAUUGUUGCUGAGAUAGAGGCAGAGAAAGCUGCAGCUGAGGCUGCAAAGAAGGCCCCUUCAAAAGAUACCUAAAUUUGGAUAUUCUGAUCAGCUCCAGUAACUUUUCCUAUUUAAAGUUGUUUUUUUAAUUCUAAGACUUCUUAUUUGUGGGCAUUUUGGUUUAUGUGAACUGGUAGAACUUCAUUCAUUUUUGAACAAGUUUUCCUUCUAUCCAAAACUCACUUUUUAUCUUUUA